CUCCUUGUAAAUUUUAAAAAUCUCCAAUUAUGUGAUCCUAAGGACAUCAUUGCUCGGAAGUCCUGACUCCUUCUUCUCUUCAGCUGCACUCACUGCAGAUAUCCCUCAAGCUUUUUUUUUUUUUUUUAAUCUAAUAUGUUAAAUGGUUUUGAAGCUGCUAUUGCAGUUGAAGCCCAGGAAGUAGCUGCAGCUGCCUCAGCUUCAGAGUCGUUUUCAAAGUCAAAAACUAAGAAAGCAGUGAAGAUAGUCUUACUUAUUGUUUUGAUGUUAUUUCUGCUGCAAUAGAGCUUUCAAUACCCGUUUUUGGGUAGGUUACUAGCUACCGUUGAAAUUGCUGUAUAUUCCUUAAGAGGAAAGAGGAGGAAAAACGGGUAGAAAAGUUAGUCUUAUUUCUUCCUAUUGAAUUCUCAAUCAGUUUAGUCUUCAACUUUGUAGACAUAUAUCAUGUGUCAUGGGUUACCCAGUAGAAGUGAUGU